GCGCUAGAGUCUUCGUCAUCAGCGAGAAGUUUCUUCCGGCCUCCUACCUCGAGAUUGUCGCCGUCGAUUUCAUCGGCCAUUGACUAACGAAGAGGAAAUAUGGGCGGUGAUCGGAAGCGAAUCUUGAUAGGUUUGACUGUGGCGAUGUUCGUAGGAUUGGUAGUGUACAUGAAGCUUUGGACCAUCGACUAUUCGAUGUCUACCGAUGAAGCCGAACUUCUCAGACGGCAGUUCGAUCUUGCAAACCGGGAGGCAAUGGAUGAAUCUGCGGAAUGGCGUCGUAUGUACGAUAACGAACUAGAUAGAGCUAAUAGAUGUAAAAGUGAACUAAACCAGCUUAAGGCAUCAUUUGAGAAGGUGGGGGAUGCUGCUAGGAUCAAUGAGAAGCUAACAAAGAUGCAAGAGGAAAACUUUGCUCUCCGCACACAAGUGGAUGCUUUACAGCGAAGGCUAGAGGCCGAGAAGUCGAGAUGUGGCUCUCAAUAAAGCUAAUCAACAGACACUGAAUCGAAAAGGGUACUUACUAACAUUGUUUUUGAAUUGUAAAACGUCUAUCACAAAGGUUGUUGCUUGGCUAUGGCUUGUGAUGGGAAGUACUAAACCAAAUUGAUAAACUAAUGAGGGUCAUUCCAGGUCGUGAUUUUUGUAGGUUUCUCUAGUUCUCUUUGUUGUCUGGAGUUUGUAGGAAAAGAGAUUGUUGUGAAAUUGUCGCGAGAUCAUCAACUCGACUUUCACUUCUGAGGAUUCAGCUGGCAUGGGAAUGACAGAUGUGGAUAUCCACAAUCAAAGCUGUAACUAAAAGGUAAAAAAACAUGGGGGAGCUUUUCUCCUUCAUGAAUCCAGUAGUGUAUGUAAAAGUUUAGGCUAUAGAACAAUUUUAGAAUUUGGAACCUAGGGUUUUACUCUUUUCUUCUCCUCUUAAGAUUCAUAUGAUUCAAAGAGUUAAUUUGAAUUGGC